AUGAUGGGCGCUGAAAAAGGACCGCCAAAUGUUAACUUCAGGCAAAUCGAGAAGUUCAAGACAAACUAUUCUCCCACACAGAUCACACUUUACGAAUCUCUCAGGACAGGAUUGAGAAUCGUAGUUGCGGAUCAGGAGGGUCCAAAGGUCAAUGGAUACUUUACUCUGGCCACCGAAAUCCAUGAUGACUCGGGCUCGCCACACACAUUAGAACACUUGUGCUUCAUGGGAUCGAAAAGCUUUCGCUACAAAGGGUUUCUUGACAAGCUUGCCACCAGAGCGUACUCGGAUACAAACGCUUGGACACUACCGCAGGAUGGGAGGGGCUUCGCGCAAAUAUUGCCCGUGUAUCUCGAGCAUGUCUUGUUACCCACCUUGACCGAUGCCGGGUGCUAUACAGAAGUCCACCAUGUUGAUGGUGAAGGUAAUGACGCCGGAGUCGUAUACUCAGAAAUGCAAGCCUUGCAGAACACGGCAGGAGAGCUGAUAGACAUAAAAGCCCGACGACUGUUGUAUCCAGAUGAUGUCGGUUUCAGAUACGAGACAGGAGGAAUGCUGGAACCUCUUCGUGUUUUGACAGCAGACCGAAUACGUGCCUUUCACAAGGACAUGUAUCAACCGAAGAACCUCUGCAUAGUGCUUGUUGGUGCGGUCAAUCAUACAAAUUUACUUGAUGUACUGGAUGAGUUUGAGGAUACGAUCCUAGAUUCUGUACCUAAGCCUGACGCACCUUUCAAGCGGCCUUGGGUCGACUCAGAGCAAGCCCCUCCUUUGAAGGAAUCAGUGACAGAGGUGGUGCAAUUUCCAGAAGAAGAUGAAACGAUGGGCGAGAUUCUUAUAUCCUUCUUCGGCCCUGCUUACAAAGAUACCUUACAGUGCAUUGCCUUCAACGUUUUAUUGCAAUAUCUUUCGGGAUCGCCGGCUUCGGUCUUAGACAACACAAUUGUCGAGAAAGAGCAACUUGCAAGCGGAGUAUCUUGGAGUACCGAAUUUCGCCCUAGUGCCGUCAUACAGUUCGGUCUGAGUGGCGUUGCUACAGAAAACCUUAAGAAAGUCGAGACAAGAUUCUUCAGUAUUCUUACAGAAACAGUCUCACGGCCGCUAGAUAUGGAUUUCCUGCGUGACUGCAUCAAAUCAAAAAGAGCUAGUGACAAAUUUCGAGCAGAGUCGUCCGCUAAUUAUUUUGCCGACUCAAUCAUCAACAACUUCCUUUUUGGAGACCACAGAGGCUCGAUACUCAAGGACGAACUAGAAAAUCUAAGUCAUUAUGAGAGCUUGGAGACUUGGAGCGAUAAGCAGUGGCGAGACUUCAUAGAACAUUGGCUUGCAGCGGCUUUUCACGUCAGCGUUCUAGGGGAGCCGUCAGCUGAGCUAUCAGGAAAGUUGAAAGGGGAGGAGAAGGACCGUAUCGCAUCCCGGAAGAGAGAACUCGGGGACGACGGUCUCAAGCAUCUAGCUGAGAAAUUAGAGCAUGCAAAAGCUGAAAACGACAUGGAAGUACCAGAGUCACUCCUCGAAAGCUACAAAGUCCCAGAUCCACAAUCUAUUCAUUUUAUAAAUACUGUGACUGCAAGAUCAGGGGCAGCCAAGACGCUCGGACGACCUGAUAAUUCUAUCCAGCGAAGCAUAGAGAAAGACGCGAACGCAACUUCACUUUUCGUACAAUUCGAGCAUGUCGAAUCCAAUUUUGCAUUGAUUAAUAUUAUGAUAGGAACCGAAAACGUGCCAGUCAUGUUGCGGCCGCUACUUGACAUCUACGCCGAAAAUUUCUUCUCAACUCCAAUCGCCAGAGGUGGGAAAAGAGUCGAAUUCGAAGAUGUGGUCAAAGAGCUGGAGCGGGACACUGUUGGCUACGGCCUAAGCUCCGGCCACGCUUUUGGCAAUGUUGAGACUCUAAAGCUAUCAAUUCAAGUGGAGGUUGAAAAUUAUGACUUAGGGAUUCGAAAGCUUAGAGAGAUGAUGUUAGAUUCUGUCUUCGACCUCGAACGACUUGUGGCAAUCAUCGCAAGACUACUAGCAGAGAUCCCCGAUGAGAAGCGGAGCGGGAGUGACAUGGUGAGAAGUGUAAACAACAUGAUCAUGUCGGCUCCAACAUCAAUCACCCGUGCUGGUAAUACUCUUGUUCGAGCCCUCUACCUGAAGCGGGUCAGAAAACUUUUAGUGGUAGAUCCUGAGCAGUUGCUCACACAGCUCAGAGACGUUCGGGAGAUACUCUGCCAGCCAUCAAACUUUCGAGUCCUCGUAAUUGCAGAUGUGAACAAGCUUCAAAAGCCCGUCUCGGCCUGGGAUAUUCUCACCCACGGUCUCGAUACCUCAAAGCCACUCAAUCCUUUAGAGUCACGUUUCGAUCGGCUCAGCGGUUUGGGAAAGCAUCCCGGAAAUACAGCUUACCUUGUUCCCAUGCCAACAGUUGAUUCCUCUUUUCUGCUAGCUGACGCAAAUGGACCCAACUCGCCAUUCGAUGAAGGCAUGCCCGCGCUACAAGUAGCCCUUUCAUACCUCAAUGCAGUCGAAGGACCAUUGUGGACCGCAGUUCGAGGGGUAGGUCUAGGAUAUGGAGCCGGUAUCAGCCAAAGCACGGAUUCUGGAAAAGUCACCCUUGAUAUCUAUCGCUCACCUGACGCUUUCAAAGCUUUCAACGCUAGCAAGAAGGUCAUCGAAGAUUUUGCUUCAGGCGCAAGGUCAUUCGAAAAAUUAGCACUCGAAGGCGCUAUCAGCUCUAUUGUCUUGAGCUUUGCCAACAGCGAGUCUACCAUGGCCAAUGCUGCUCAGAUAAGCUUCGUUCGGCAAGUAGUUCGAGGUCAGCCAAAAGAUUGGCCUCAAAUAAUGCUCGGUAAGGUCAGGAACGUGACGGUAGAGGAAAUCAAGAAGGCAAUGCAAGAUGUCCUCCUACCGAUCUUCGUUCCCACUUCCAGUAUCGUCACUGUGACUUGUGCGCCCAUCAUGGAGGAAGGGUUUGUGAAGGGGUUUGAGGGACUGGGAUACAAACCACAAGUCAAACCCCUGAAUUUCUUCCAGGAUGAUUAUGGGUAUGGCAAGGAGCAAGGACUGGGCGAUGAUGGUGACGACGAUCUAGAUGACGAUGAAGAGGAAGAUGAAGAAGACGAUGAAGGUGACGAGGUAGAGACCGAAUUGAGAUAG